UCCAAAGUUAUCCGCUCACUCUCCAGUCGCUCAUUUCGUAGUAUCGGAGCUUCCUACAAGCCCGCGCACUACUGCGUCAUCCAGGAAAUUACAUACCGUUCCCUCCGCCGAACAGCCACCGAGCGCCCGAGAAUCUACACAGUGCAUAAUCUUGGUACCAAUAAAGUCUUGGAGAAAGGGGAGGAUUUAGACAGCUGUUCCGUCGGUUCGACGCGCUGUCAACAGACGCAGCCAUGGGACUCAGAGAUCUAUACCGGAGGAUGCCCACCUCGCAGGCCAGUAUAGAUAAGUUUGACGAGCUGUCACGGCGUGCAGAACGUGCAUCCCCACAACUGUCCUUCUUCCGCCGCCGGGUACGCCUCAAGGGGAGCUCGACUGUCUCGGUUCCCCUGGGAAUUGUUCUUCUCUUUCCAUGUCUAGUCAUAAUCUUAAUUCUGGUCCUUUUUGUGCGCCAUCCCGAUACUGGCGGGCUCUCGAUGUCGCAAGCCAGUACACCGCCAUCGAUAAGAAAAAUUAGCGAGAAACAUGACAAGGUCUUCGUGUCUGGCUGUCUGGAGCCUCAAGUGAACGCACCUCGAGCGAACGCCGCCUUUGUGGUUCUGGCGAGGAACCAGGAAUUGGAAGGUGUUAUACAGUCGGUCAAGUCGAUUGAGCGCCAUUUCAAUCGCUGGUUCCACUACCCAUACGUUUUCCUCAACGACGGGGACUUCAAUUCAACAUUUAAGGAGACAGUGCUCAAUUAUACCAGUGCUCCCGUGGAAUGGGGUAAAAUAGGACCAGAACUUUGGGAUUUCCCAGAUUGGGCGGAUCCUGCUGUUACCAAGGAGGGAAUCGCAAAGCAGGGCGAUGCGGCCAUCAUGUACGGUGGCAUGGAGAGCUACCACCACAUGUGCCGCUUCUACUCUGGCUCCUUUUACAAGCACGAACUACUGCAGAAGUACGAAUGGUACUGGCGACUUGAACCAGAGAUCAAGUACUUCUGUGAUAUCACAUAUGAUCCAUUCAUCCACAUGAUUCGAGAGAAGAAGACGUAUGGAUUUACUAUAGCAGUGAAAGAACUGAAGGAGACGGUGCCGAAUAUCUUCCGAUAUGCGUCUGCAUACAAGCGGCUCAAUAACUUGACAUCGAAAGGACUUUGGGAGAUGUUUCUCGAGAAACCAGAGCCAUCGCCCACACCGCUCCCGGAAUCCGAUCCCAAAUAUAAGAAGCCUCUUCCGGAGGAAAUAUUGAACUCGGAGCCCGGAAAAGGUGCCCUACCAGACAUUGAUCCCGAGGCGAUGGAAGGUGAAGUAUACAACAUGUGCCAUUUCUGGAGUAAUUUCGAGAUUGCGAAUCUGAACUGGCUCCGAAGUAAGGAAUACAACGACUUUUUUGAAAUGAUGGACCGCAGUGGUGGGUUCUGGACAGAACGCUGGGGCGAUGCACCCAUCCAUUCUCUCGCUGCCGGAGCACUUCUUGGAGUCAAAGACAUCCAUUACUUCCGUGAUUUCGGCUACCGGCAUACAACAAUCCAGCAUUGUCCAGCGAAUGCUCCGCAUCGCCAACUACCUCGCAUUCCGUUUCUGGAGAAGACGACAUUGGAUGAGAAAUUACGCAAAGAAGAGGAUGAUUACUGGGCGCAUCCGGACCCGCCCAAGGAGAACGGUGUUGGGUGCCGGUGCCGGUGCGACACUGACAUUGUCGAGGUCGAGGGCAAGUCUGGGAGCUGUUUCCCGGAAUGGGUUGAUGUUGCCGGAGGGUUCAUAACGCCGUGAAAAAAAAAGAAGGGAGGAAGUCGGCCAAUUUUCUGCAUGUUUGGAGUUGUUCCCCAUAGAGCGUGAGGGUUGAUACUUUUCUUCUUCUUUUACUUCUUCUACUAUUACUUACCCUCAUAAGUGGCGCAGCGGUGAUUUCUCGAGUUGGGUCGUUUGGCUGGUUGGCUCAUCAUUGUGCCGGAACGCUUUCUGCUCCAAACCAUGGACACGGCGUAUGGGGACUUUUGUUUCUGGCGAGGAUUUCCCCUCUCCUUUGUACUUACCUAACUAUGACGGGCGUUGGAGAAAAGGAGAAGGAAGGAAAAAAGAGAGAAAGCAUAGCAUAUCUGUAUUUUGUACAUCAAUCAACUAGAGGAACGAUUGCGAUCAAGAGGGAAAGGAGUAGUAACUACCUAAUUGAUAUAAGAGGGUGGAGA